AUGGUUGAAGAUGCCGAGAAACACCCACCAGCGAAGCAGCCAAAAAAAUUAACCCUGACCAACAAGUUCAAAGUCUGGAGCAAGAUGUCCAAACAAGACAAGCAAAAAGUCCAAGCUUUACAAAAGAGUGGAGGCGAUGAGCUGCUGGUGUGGAAAGGAGAUUCAAAGGCUACACAUGUGUAUUUUGAUGACAUUGUCAACCUUAUCAAGGAGGAAUCGAUACACAGUAAUAAAGUGAUACGAGAGUACCAUCCUCGCAAAAGGAGUAAACACAUUGAUGCACAUGUCAAAAACUACCAAGGAGAGAGAUACCUACUAUUCCCAUUGCAUCAUGAGUACCACUGGACGAUAGUUGUGUAUGAUGCUAAAGACAAUUUGUGGAGGCAUUACAACUCAUUGCGCCCAAGGACAAGCAUACAUGACCCACAUAUCGACCAAGCACAGGAAGUUAGGAAGUACAUCGAGCAUGUUGUGCGCGUUAUUAGCGAGUCAUCACCACUGUGCACUAAGUUAGGAGGCCAAAAUCCAUCACAACCAAUCAUAGUAGUUGAUGUCUGUCCUCAGCAAGAGUGGACUGCGGACCUGCAGUAUGUUACAUCAUGCGGGCGCACAUAUACCAUGAAGAAAUUAUGGGCAACCUCACUAGUGCAGAAUGGUGUGGACUACGAGAUUUAUUAGUACAUAGUUUUUUGAAUCAUAAGAAAUCAGAGCAUCAUUAAAACCUAUAGGUGGGGGGUGUCCACCUACAAACUAACCAACACUCGAUAUGAAUGUUAAUAUGGAAUGCUUUGACAUUUUGACACAACAACUGAUUGUAAAACA